UUUCCAAUACAAAAGGGUAUGUUACUUUACCAACUGGGCGCAAUACAGAACGAGUCCAGCAACGUAUACAGCUGCCGAUAUAGAUGCCCAUCUCUGUACUCACAUCAUGUUUGCUUUUGCACGGAUGAGUGGUAACAAUCUUGCUACCUACGAAUGGAAUGAUGAAGCUCAAUACGCUGUUGUCAUGAGUAAGAAGUUGGCGAAUCCUGACCUGAAAGUGAUGCUGGCAGUUGGAGGUUACACACACGGUGUUCAAACAUUUUCCGCUAUGGUUUCAUCACUGGCGAAUAUUGAAGAAUUUGCAGCAAACGCCAUCAUAUUUUUGAGACAGCAUGGCUUUGAUGGACUUGAUUUGGACUGGGAAUAUCCGGCUCAUCGAGGUAGUCCUGCAGGGGACAGAGAAAAAUUCACACAACUCACGAUGGUUUUACGGCAGGAAUUCGACAAAGAAGGUUCUGCAACAAAUCGCCCUGCUUUAUUGCUUUCUGCAGCCGUAUCUGCAAGCAAAGAAACAGUUGAUACAGCUUAUGAAAUCGGCCUUGUGUCACAGUAUGUUGACUUUAUCAACCUGAUGUCAUAUGAUUUUCACGGAACGUGGGAUUCUACUGCAGGACAUAAUAGUCCGUUAUACAAUCGUACUGGAGAAAGUGGAAACGAACUCUAUAAGAAUCAGAAUGCCGGAGUUGAACACUGGUUAUCUAAUGGAACUCCUGCAGAGAAAUUGGUCUUGGGACUUGCCUUAUAUGGCCGUUCAUUUACACUGGCAAGCUCGUCCGACACAUCAAUGGGCAGCGCAGUGGUCGGCGCAGGCAACAUGGGGACCUACACAAGUGAAUCUGGUUAUCUCGGUUAUUUUGAGAUAUGUGAUAGAAUUGAAAACAACGGAUGGACUAGGAUGUGGCAUAACGAGCACCAGGUUCCUUUUGCCUACGCUGGGAACCAAUGGGUCGGUUUCGAUGACGUCCAGAGUUUUGGAAUAAAGGCUGAGUACAUAAAAUCUAUGGGCCUUGGAGGUUCGAUGGUUUGGGCUAUGGAUUUGGACGACCAUAACAACAUAUGUAGACAAGGAGUUAAUCCAAUGAUGACUGUUCUUAAAACUGUCUUGGAAUCAACAACUACUGCUUCAACGAUGUCACAACAGCCAACUGUGACUGCCAUACCAACAACCACCAAUCAUUUAACAGUUGUACCGUCUUCGCCUGGUAAUUCCCAAUACAAAAGGGUAUGUUACUUUACCAACUGGGCGCAAUACAGAACGAGUCCAGCAACGUAUACAGCUGCCGAUAUAGAUGCCCAUCUCUGUACUCACAUCAUGUUUGCUUUUGCACGGAUGAGUGGUAACAAUCUUGCUACCUACGAAUGGAAUGAUGAAGCUCAAUACGCUGUUGUCAUGAGUAAGAAGUUGGCGAAUCCUGACCUGAAAGUGAUGCUGGCAGUUGGAGGUUACACACACGGUGUUCAAACAUUUUCCGCUAUGGUUUCAUCACUGGCGAAUAUUGAAGAAUUUGCAGCAAACGCCAUCAUAUUUUUGAGACAGCAUGGCUUUGAUGGACUUGAUUUGGACUGGGAAUAUCCGGCUCAUCGAGGUAGUCCUGCAGGGGACAGAGAAAAAUUCACACAACUCACGAUGGUUUUACGGCAGGAAUUCGACAAAGAAGGUUCUGCAACAAAUCGCCCUGCUUUAUUGCUUUCUGCAGCCGUAUCUGCAAGCAAAGAAACAGUUGAUACAGCUUAUGAAAUCGGCCUUGUGUCACAGUAUGUUGACUUUAUCAACCUGAUGUCAUAUGAUUUUCACGGAACGUGGGAUUCUACUGCAGGACAUAAUAGUCCGUUAUACAAUCGUACUGGAGAAAGUGGAAACGAACUCUAUAAGAAUCAGAAUGCCGGAGUUGAACACUGGUUAUCUAAUGGAACUCCUGCAGAGAAAUUGGUCUUGGGACUUGCCUUAUAUGGCCGUUCAUUUACACUGGCAAGCUCAUCCGACACAUCAAUGGGCAGCGCAGUGGUCGGCGCAGGCAACAUGGGGACCUACACAAGUGAAUCUGGUUAUCUCGGUUAUUUUGAGAUAUGUGAUAGAAUUGAAAACAACGGAUGGACUAGGAUGUGGCAUAACGAGCACCAGGUUCCUUUUGCCUACGCUGGGAACCAAUGGGUCGGUUUCGAUGACGUCCAGAGUUUUGGAAUAAAGGCUGAGUACAUAAAAUCUAUGGGCCUUGGAGGUUCGAUGGUUUGGGCUAUGGAUUUGGACGACCAUAACAACAUAUGUAGACAAGGAGUUAAUCCAAUGAUGACUGUUCUUAAAACUGUCUUGGAAUCAACAACUACUGCUUCAACGAUGUCACAACAGCCAACUGUGACUGCCAUACCAACAACCACCAAUCAUUUAACAGUUGUACCGUCUUCGCCUGGUAAUUCCCAAUACAAAAGGGUAUGUUACUUUACCAACUGGGCGCAAUACAGAACGAGUCCAGCAACGUAUACAGCUGCCGAUAUAGAUGCCCAUCUCUGUACUCACAUCAUGUUUGCUUUUGCACGGAUGAGUGGUAACAAUCUUGCUACCUACGAAUGGAAUGAUGAAGCUCAAUACGCUGUUGUCAUGAGUAAGAAGUUGGCGAAUCCUGACCUGAAAGUGAUGCUGGCAGUUGGAGGUUACACACACGGUGUUCAAACAUUUUCCGCUAUGGUUUCAUCACUGGCGAAUAUUGAAGAAUUUGCAGCAAACGCCAUCAUAUUUUUGAGACAGCAUGGCUUUGAUGGACUUGAUUUGGACUGGGAAUAUCCGGCUCAUCGAGGUAGUCCUGCAGGGGACAGAGAAAAAUUCACACAACUCACGAUGGUUUUACGGCAGGAAUUCGACAAAGAAGGUUCUGCAACAAAUCGCCCUGCUUUAUUGCUUUCUGCAGCCGUAUCUGCAAGCAAAGAAACAGUUGAUACAGCUUAUGAAAUCGGCCUUGUGUCACAGUAUGUUGACUUUAUCAACCUGAUGUCAUAUGAUUUUCACGGAACGUGGGAUUCUACUGCAGGACAUAAUAGUCCGUUAUACAAUCGUACUGGAGAAAGUGGAAACGAACUCUAUAAGAAUCAGAAUGCCGGAGUUGAACACUGGUUAUCUAAUGGAACUCCUGCAGAGAAAUUGGUCUUGGGACUUGCCUUAUAUGGCCGUUCAUUUACACUGGCAAGCUCAUCCGACACAUCAAUGGGCAGCGCAGUGGUCGGCGCAGGCAACAUGGGGACCUACACAAGUGAAUCUGGUUAUCUCGGUUAUUUUGAGAUAUGUGAUAGAAUUGAAAACAACGGAUGGACUAGGAUGUGGCAUAACGAGCACCAGGUUCCUUUUGCCUACGCUGGGAACCAAUGGGUCGGUUUCGAUGACGUCCAGAGUUUUGGAAUAAAGGCUGAGUACAUAAAAUCUAUGGGCCUUGGAGGUUCGAUGGUUUGGGCUAUGGAUUUGGACGACCAUAGCAACAUAUGUGGACAAGGAGUUAAUCCAAUGAUGACUGUUCUUAAAACUGUCUUGGAAUCAAUAACUACUGCUUCAACGAUAUCACAACAGCCAACUGUGACUGCCAUACCAACAACCACCAAUCUUUUAACAGGUGUACCGUCUUCUCCUGGUAUGGUAUCUACAAGUACAUUGACGUCAAGUACUUCCCCAUCUAGGCCUGGUAUCUCAAUUACAUCUUCUACGGUCGUCUCUAUUCCAAGUACAGUAACAUCUACGAGCGCCUCAAUGUCAAAUACAGUAUCACCUACGAGCGCCUCAAUGUCAAAUACAGCAUCACCUACGAGCGCCUCAAUGUCAACUACAGCAUCAUCUACGAGCGCCUCUGUGUCAAAUACAACAUCGCCUACGAGCGCCUCAAUGUCAAAUACAGCAUCACCUACGAGCGCCUCAAUGUCAAAUACAGCAGCAUCUACGAGCGCCUCAAUGUCAAAUACAGCAUCACCUACGAACGCCUCAAUGUCAAAUACAGCAUCAUCUACGAGCGCCUCUGUGUCAAAUACAGCAUCACCUACGAGCGCCUCAAUGUCAAAUACAGCAUCAUCUACGAGUGCCUCAAUGUCAAAUACAGAACCACCUACGAGCGACUCUAUGUUAAGUACAACAUCAUAUACAGGCGUCUCGAUGUCAAGUACAAUAUCAUCUACAAGCUCCUCGAUGUCAAAUACAGAUCCUUCUGUGAUAGGUGCAACAUCAUUUACGAUUGCAUCUACGUCUUCGAACAAUUGCGAACCUACAGUGUGUCCAGGCGGCCAAGUCUUACAAUCCCUCUGUGACUCGUCCUGUGUGUUCCAAUGCUGUAUCGGAGGGAACAUACAACACUGCUGUCAGUCUGGCUACACGUGGAAUAAUGCCGAGGAGAAAUGCCAAAUGAUAGCAACAAGUACCUCCUACAGCAACGUCCCAAACUGUGACGUGCCUACGUCCUGUACUCACGGAGAAUUCCUCGCUGACCAGUGUGAUCUACAGUGUUACUACAACUGUGCCCAUGGUACAGCCUACCACUACUGUUGUGCUGCUGGAAGUCUUUGGGACGAUUUUAUAAAGGCCUGUAACCACCCCCACCUUAUACAGUACGACCAGGCGUGUCAUCACAGUGUUUGUCCACCACAUGAAUUUCUUCCUGAUCCGUGUGUUCCUGAAUGUUACUAUCAGUGUUCCCCUACUGGCGUCGACUUCCGAUAUUGCUGUUCUGAAGGACUACUUUGGGACCAAUCUAUCAAAAACUGUAACUAUCCGGGAGCAAUACCUCCUACUACUUCAGCGCCAACAACAAGCACGCGCCAGGCCAAUACGUCUUCACAGACUAACGGAGAGCAAACCGGAACAGCUAUAUUUCAUUCGAUUAUAGUUUCAGACUGCAAUGUACCAAUGACAUCGCAAACUGAAUCUACAAGCAUGCAUACGCCAAGCAUGACGUCUUUAACUGGCAACCCGACUCGAGUGACAGACCAAUUCAUUACGACAUCCAGUAGUGACGCAAUAACACCAACAAUGACAUCAACACAUGUGCCUGCUUCAAUUAUGACGACAACAGGGGAAUCUAACACAUCGUCGAAUUCAUCUCUAAACAUUUGCGAGCCCACAGUGUGUCCAGACGGCCAAGUCUUACAAUCCCUCUGUGACUCGUCCUGUGUGUUCCAAUGCUGUAUCGGAGGGAACAUACAACACUGCUGUCAGUCUGGCUACACAUGGAAUGAUGCCGAUGAGAACUGUCAGAUGACAGUUACUGUGUCAACGACAUCUGCCAAUAACAUACCUAACUGUGAUGUGCCUACGUCCUGUACUCACGGAGAAUUCCUCGCUGACCAGUGUGAUCUACAGUGUUACUACAACUGUGCCCAUGGUACAGCCUACCACUACUGUUGUGCUGCUGGAAGUCUUUGGGACGAUUUUAUAAAGGCCUGUAACCACCCCCACCUUAUACAGUACGACCAGGCGUGUCAUCACGAUAUUUGUCCACCUCAUGAAUUUCUUCCUGAUCCAUGUGUUCCUGAAUGUUACUAUCAGUGUUCCACUACUGGAGUCGACUUCCGGUAUUGCUGUUCUCAAGGACUACUUUGGGACGAAUCCAUCAAAAACUGUAACUACCCCGCCGCAAUGCCACCUACUACAGCGCCAACAACAGGAACGAACCAUUUACAAAAUGGCGGACAGACGUCUGGAACAGUCGUUAUUCAUCAGAUUAUCUUCUCUAACUGUGUUUCUACUGGGACUACAAGUAACGACUUGUCUGAAAACUCGUCGUCUCCGACAUCUACCAAAUCAGAUCCAACAUCAGCAGCGGAAGUCGUUAGUUCUACCUCAUCGUCAAGUGCUUCACAUGCGAUGAUCUCUACAAGUUCGACGUCAACAUCAUUAGAAACCAGGCCAUCUUCCCCUUUAAUCUCAUCGCUCAUACCAACUUUUCCCGCAAGUUCUACCACACAGCCAACCUCCACAACUCUAGGGAGAUCCUCCUCUAUAUCAACGAGACAGGAGACAACCUCAUCACGUGCGACUCUGCCAACAACAGAGGUAUUAUCAUCGAGCUCUGUAUCAAAGACAUCCGCAAGUUCUACAACACCGCCAACCUCAACAACUCUGGGGAGAUUCUCCUCAACGUCAACGAGACAGGAAACAACCUCAUCACGUGCGACGCUGCUUACAACAGAGGUAUUAUCAUCGAGCUCUGUAUCAAAGACAUCCGCAAGUUCUACAACACCGCCAACCUCAACAACUCUGGGGAGAUUCUCCUCUACGUCAACGAGACAGGAAACAACCUUAUCACGUGCGACGCUGCUUACAACAGAGGUAUUAUCAUCGAGCUCUGUAUCAAAGACAUCAACAACACCGCCAACCUCAACAACUCUAGGGAGAACAUCAACUGGCUCAACAACACAGGAAACAACCUCAACUAGUGCAACAAUGACAGCAACAGAGACGACGGCGUCUUCUAGUGAAACAUCAGUACCAACAUUUUAUAGCUCAACAACAGCGGAACUAUCUUCAAUAUCUACGACAACCCCAGCAGCACUUUCUGGUUUUACAUCAAAAAGUAAAACGACAUCAAUUGCGACAUCAACAGUGAAAGCGACAACAGUACCGUCUGCAUCCAGUCAAGAUGUACCUUCAUCAAGUUGUGCUUCUGGUUUAUGUGACACCGACAGUUUUGGAAAUAAUAACGGUUGCACCAUCACGUCACCAAACGGAACAUUUGCUGUUUAUUUGUCCAUUUUAAUAGCAGCAUGUUAUGUUUUGAUGUAGAUUCAACAGUAGGAUAAGUGCUAUUAGUUUACAUUGCACUUUCUUAAAAUAUAUUUUAACACAUGUUUUGUUAAACAGUAACGUGUUCAAACCUUUAGUAAAUAAACAAAAUAUAUGUUGGCGUGAACGAUUAAUACUAUAUAUAUAUACUAUAUCAUUGAUACAUCAACGUCAUCAAACUGGAAGUUAAUUUGUAGCGUGUAUUGUUUCAACAGACAUCUAAAAAAAUAACCAUCUUCUAUACAGAAAACUUGAAAAGCUUAAAUCAUACUGUAAAGUGCUUUUAUUUGGCGGGGUCUGUAUUUCGCCAUAUUCGCGGUUUGCUAUAAAAACGUGAGUCCAAAACCUCUGCGAAAAUUGUGUUUACGUGUUAGUCAUUAUUAAAUUAUUAAAAUAAAUAUUUGAUGAGCGUACGUAUGUAUACCAAGUAACUCGUACCUCCUAUUAUGCAUGAAUACAUGCACACAUGAUUUUGUCUUCAAUGAUUUAUAAAGAUAUAUUAUUAGAUACAACAGGUUUGGUUUUAAAUAUUUGAUUUCCAAAUGUAUUAUACAGAGCAUUUAAAUAACACAGUUUAGCCAAAGGAUUAAACGGUGUAGCCAUAUCACUUGCACCGUUUCGAGUAGCGCGAAAUUAAGACCCCGCGGAAUAAUUAAAAAGAAGUAAUUUAAAAGAUAUUUGAAAUGGAGAGAUAUCGAUAUGGAUCCAUAAAUCUUACAUGGAAGAUAUGUGCUAUAGAGGGGUACGUGAUGUCUGACCUUUAGGUGAUACCCGCCAUUCUAAGUCUGGUCACAACUUUAACAAUAUCAGUUGUAAUACGUAAUAUACCUGUAAUCAAAGCUGGUACCUGUAAUGAUUUCUUCUGUAACCAUAGGUGUUGACCCUGAUGAUUUCUUCUGUAACCAUAGGUAUUGACCCUGAUGAUUUCUUCUGUAACAAUAGGUGUUGACCAUGAUGAUUUCUUCGGUAACCAUAGGUGUUGACCCUGAUGAUUUCUUCUGUAACCAUAGGUAUUGACCCUGAUGAUUUCUUCUGUAACAAUAGGUGUUGCCCAUGAUGAUUUCUUCGGUAACCAUAGGUGUUGACCCUGAUGAUUUCUUCUGUAACAAUAGGUAUUGACCCUGAUGAUUUCUUCUGUAACAAUAGGUGUUGACCAUGAUGAUUUCUUCUGUAACCAUAGGUAUUGACCCUGAUGAUUUCUUCUGUAACCAUAGGUAUUGACCCUGAUGAUUUCUUCUGUAACCAUAGGUAUUGACCCUGAUGAUUUCUUCUGUAACCACAGGUGUUGACCCUGAUGAUUUCUUCUGUAACCAUAGGUGGUGCCCUGAUGAUUUCUUCUGUAACAAUAGGUAUUGACCCUGAUGAUUUCUUCUGUAACCACAGGUGUUGACCCUGAUGAUUUCUUCUGUAACCAUAGGUGGUGCCCUGAUGAUUUCUUCUGUAACAAUAGGUUUUGACCCUGAUGAUUUCUUCUGUAACCAUAGGUGGUGCCCUGAUGAUUUCUUCUGUAACCAUAGGUGGUGCCCUGAUGAUUUCUUCUGUAACAAUAGGUAUUAACCCUGAUGAUUUCUUCUGUAACCAUAGGUAUUGACCCUGAUGAUUUCUUCUGUAACCAUAGGUAUUGACCCUGAUGAUUUCUUCUGUAACAAUAGGUGGUGCCCUGAUGACUUCUUCUGUAACAAUAGGUGUUGACCCUGAUGAUUUCUUCUGUAACAAUAGGUAUUGACCCUGAUGAUUUCUUCUGUAACCAUAGGUAUUGACCCUGAUGAUUUCUUCUGUAACCACAGAUGUUGACCCUGAUGAUUUCUUCUGUAACCACAGAUGUUGACCCUGAUGAUUUCUUCUGUAACCAUAGGUGGUGCCCUGAUGAUUUCUUCUGUAACAAUAGGUAUUGACCCUGAUGAUUUCUUCUGUAACAAUAGUUGGUGCCCUGAUGACUUCUUCUGUAACAAUAGGUGUUGACCCUGAUGAUUUCUUCUGUAACAAUAGGUAUUAACCCUGAUGAUUUCUUCUGUAACAAUAGGUAUUGACCCUGAUGAUUUCUGCUGUAACAAUAGGUGGUGCCCUGAUGAUUUCUUCUGUAACAAUAGGUAUUGACCCUGACGAUUUUUUCUGUAACCAUAGGUAUUGACCCUGAUGAUUUCUUCUUUAACCACAGAUGUUGACCCUGAUGAUUUCUUCUGUAACCAUAGGUGGUGCCCUGAUGAUUUCUUCUGUAACAAUAGGUAUUGACCCUGAUGAUUUCUUCUGUAACAAUAGGUGGUGCCCUGAUGAUUUCUUCUGUAACAAUAGGUGCUGACCCUGAUGAUUUCUGCUGUAACAAUAGGUAUUAACCCUGAUGAUUUCUUCUGUAACAAUAGGUAUUGACCCUGAUGAUUUCUUCUGUAACCACAGGUGUUGACCCUGAUGAUUUCUUCUGUAACAAUAGGCGGUGCCCUGAUGAUUUCUUCUGUAACCAUAGGUAUUGACCCUGAUGAUUUCUUCUGUAACAAUAGGUGGUGCCCUGAUGAUUUCUUCUGUAACAAUAGGUGUUGACCCUGAUGAUCUCUUCUGUAACAAUAGGUAUUAACCCUGAUGAAUUCUUCUGUAACAAUAGGUGGUGCCCUGAUGAUUUCUUCUGUAACAAUAGGUAUUGACCCUGAUGAUUUCUUCUGUAACAAUAGGUGGUGCCCUGAUGAUUUCUUCUGUAACAAUAGGUAUUGACCCUGAUGAUUUCUUCUGUAACAAUAGGUGGUGCCCUGAUGAUUUCUUCUGUAACAAUAGGUAUUGACCCUGAUGAUUUCUUCUGUAACCAUAGGUGGUGCCCUGAUGAUUUCUUCUGUAACAAUAGGUAUUAACCCUGAUGAUUUCUUCUGUAACCAUAGGUAUUGACCCUGAUGAUUUCUUCUGUAACCAUACGUAUUGACCCUGAUGAUUUCUUCUGUAACAAUAGGUGGUACCCUGAUGAUUUCUUCUGUAACAAUAGGUAUUAACCCUGAUGAUUUCUUCUGUAACAAUAGGUAUUGACCCUGAUGAUUUCUUCUGCAACCAUAGGUAUUGACCCUGAUGAUUUCUUCUGUAACCAUAGGUAUUGACCCUGAUGAUUUCUUCUGUAACAAUAGGUAUUGACCCUGAUGAUUUCUUCUGUAACAAUAGGUGGUGCCCUGAUGAUUUCUUCUGUAACAAUAGGUAUUGACCCUGAUGAUUUCUUCUGUAACAAUAGGUGGUGCCCUGAUGAUUUCUUCUCUAACAAUAGGUAUUGACCCUGAUGAUUUCUUCUGUAACCAUAGGUGGUGCCCUGAUGAUUUCUGCUGUAAAAAUAGGUAUUUACCCUGAUGAUUUCUUCUGUAACCAUAGGUAUUGACCCUGAUGAUUUCUUCUGUAACCAUAGGUAUUGACCCUGAUGAUUUCUUCUGUAACAAUAGGUGGUACCCUGAUGAUUUCUUCUGUAACAAUAGGUAUUAACCCUGAUGAUUUCUUCUGUAACAAUAGGUAUUGACCCUGAUGAUUUCUUCUGUAACCACAGGUGUUGACCCUGAUGAUUUCUUCUGUAACCAUAGGUGGUGCCCUGAUGAUUUCUUCUGUAACAAUAGGUAUUGACCCUGAUGAUUUCUUCUGUAACAAUAGGUGGUGCCCUGAUGAUUUCUUCUGUAACAAUAGGUGUUGACCCUGAUGAUUUCUUCUGUAACAAUAGGUAUUAACCCUGAUGAAUUCUUCUGUAACAAUAGGUGGUGCCCUGAUGAUUUCUUCUGUAACAAUAGGUAUUGACCCUGAUGAUUUCUUCUGUAACAAUAGGUGGUGCCCUGAUGAUUUCUUCUGUAACAAUAGGUAUUGACCCUGAUGAUUUCUUCUGUAACAAUAGGUGGUACCCUGAUGAUUUCUUCUGUAACAAUAGGUAUUAACCCUGGUGAUUUCUUCUGUAACAAUAGGUAUUGACCCUGAUGAUUUCUUCUGUAACCAUAGGUAUUGACCCUGAUGAUUUCUUCUGUAACCAUAGGUAUUGACCCUGAUGAUUUCUUCUGUAACAAUAGGUAUUGACCCUGAUGAUUUCUUC